AUGUGCAUCGCAAUAAUCUCCACCGCACAUCCUUCCUAUCGACUCAUUCUCAUCGACAACCGCGACGAGUAUCUGAACCGACCAACCGACACUGCCGGAUGGUGGCCAGAUCCUCACUCACAUGUCCUCGGGGGACGGGACAUGCUCCGCGACAUCCACGGGACAUGGCUUGGAGUGACAAGAACAGGCAAGAUUGCUGUCCUCACCAACUUCAAAGAAGACGUCACGCCUCCCCCCACCGCCGUCAGCCGUGGCGCCAUCAUCAAAAAGUUCUUGUCUGAAGAUGUCGGUCCCGUGGAGGAGUUCGUCAAAGACGUGGUCAAUACUGGCGUAGCCAAGGACGCUGGUGGAUUUAGUCUCGUGUGUGGCCACAUAGGCGAGAAGCUUGCCGUCAUCUCGAACCGCGCUCAGCAUCAAAGUGAAGUUCCUUGGAUAGCAGGGGACGUGGUGCACACAGUUGGCCUCAGCAAUGGUCCCUUCUCGGAUCGAUCCUGGAAGAAGGUCACUUUGGGCGAAGAACUCAUGUUGAACACAAUCCGCCAGAGUAUUGAGAACGAAGAAACAGAAGAUCAGCUAAUCGGAAGAUUUCUUGACCUUCUGAGCCACGAAACCUUGCCUCGAAACGGUGAACCUGAUGGAUCCGGCCUCGAAACGUAUAUUCCAGCACUAAGAAACACCAUUUACGUGCCAACCUUGGGACGAAAGGACAUGAAUGGUCACCAUCACCUCGCGGACGACGAGAUCGCCGCCGCCAAAAGACACGAGAAAGUCGACAUUGUAGGGCACAAUACACCGGUACGGCGCCACUCUCCGUCCAUCAACCCUCCGUUCAGGGCUCGACAGCUGGGCGUCAGCGGACUUUACGGGACGCAGAAGCAGACCGUUGUGCUCGCAGACCAAGAUAUGAAUGUUCGGUUUUUCGAGAGGACACUGUUCGAUGAAGAGUCGAAUCCGAUCCCCCUUGGGGAGGGUGAUGUGGACGUGAGAUUCAAGAUCGACAAGCCGUCAAGUUGA